AUGUUGCAUCGACGCACUUCCCUCAGCUCUCGAGUUUCUCGAUUUCUCUCCACCUCGUGCUUUCGUAGACAUGAAAAUCCACUAGGCCUACCAAAGCGGCCACCGCCGCCCCAAAUGCCUCGUCGAGGGGGACCCAUCGAGAAGCGGCCAAUUCCCAACGUCCGGAAAGUCGUGGCGGUCGCCAGUGGGAAGGGAGGCGUCGGGAAGAGUACAAUUGCUCUUAACCUCGCAUUCGCGUUGGCUCUCCGCAAAAACCAGCAGACGCAAGCGCCACUUCGAGUGGGCAUACUGGACCUCGACAUAUUCGGACCUUCAGUCCCGACACUCAUGGGGUUGCAGAAUGCUGGCGAGCCAGAGUUGACAAGCAAGGGAGCCAUCCUACCACUAACCAAUCACGGUCUACCUUGCAUGUCGAUGGGAUUUCUCCUCUCCUCUUCGACUGGCGACAACACAGACACUCCAAUCGUCUGGCGAGGUCUCAUGGUGCAAAAGGCCGUCCAACAACUUCUGUUCGACGUAGACUGGUCGAAAGAAGGCCAAGGGCUUGACGUACUGGUCGUUGAUAUGCCGCCUGGCACGGGUGACGUGCCGCUGACGUUGGGGCAGCUGGUUUCGGUUGAUGGUUCUGUGAUAGUGUCGACACCGCAGGAUGUCGCGCUUUCCGAUGUCAGGAAAGGCAUUGCCAUGUUGAGGAAAGUUUCUGUGCCGAUUACCGGUCUGAUUCUCAACCAAGCAUACUACCUCUGCCCCAGCUGUGAAUCACAUUCUCCGCGAUAUCUCUUCGGAAAACCGGAUAAUUUCCAUAAAGUCGCAGAGCGUCUGCAAGUACCCGUUCUCGGCGAGUUGCCUCUCGUCGAAGGCGUCAGUGCCAGUGCGGAUGGUGGUUUCCCGUAUGUCCUGAGCAGUAUUGCGACGGUCGAGAAGACGGACGGGUCUGGUGGGUUGGCUUGGUGGACGAACAUGGCUCAGGUGGCGGAGCAUGUCGCCUCAUCCCUUUCCCUCUGA